AGAAAAAAAAAAGGGGGUUCCAUCUCGAACUGAAUAGCACAUAAACCCUCGAAGGUUGGAACAAACACUCUUAAGAAAAACGUUCGAACUAUUCUACUUCUCUCUCUGUCUGUCUCUCUGAAUAUGGGGACAGAGAACAAAUCGAAGUCACACACGAACGACAACAGAGGCAACAACAGCAGGAAGAGAAAGCCGCGCUAUCUUCCCCACAAUAAGGCAGUCAAGAAGAAGGGUUCAUACCCAUUAAGGCCAGGAGUACAAGGAUUCUUUAUCACCUGUGAUGGUGGCCGAGAACGCCAGGCCUCUCAUGAAGCCAUUAACGUUAUUGACUCUUUUUAUGAAGAGCUAGUCCAUGGGAAGGAUUUGGCUGUGAAGCUUGCUGAGUUACCUAAUAAACCUUCAAAUAAGAAGAUAAAGUUCUCAUAUUCUGACUCUUCUGGUAGCGAUGAUGAUGAGGAGGAGGAGGAGGAGGAGGACAAUAAAUCAGAUGCUCGUGGGGAUGAUACUGCUAGUCAUAAAGAUGCGAUAAAUCAGGAGUCCAAUCCUCAAGGUGCAAUAAAUCAGGAGUCUGAUCCUCAUACAAAAGAUGAUGUGAACCAUGGAAAUCAGACUGAAGAAAAAGAUAAUGAUAAUGAUGGGGAUGGUAAAAAUGAUGAGAAUCAACCGGAUAAUGAUAAUAAUGGGGAUGGUAAGAAUCAUGAGAAUCAACCAAAAGAAACUGAGGAGCCUCCAGCAAAGAAACAAUGUGUAGAAACAGUUGCACCGAAAUCUGUGAUCCAUGCAAAAGUGGAGGAGAAGUCCAUUGAUAAACUAAUUGAGGCUGAACUGGAAGAAUUGGGAGAUAAGAACAAGAGGCGCUUUUUCAAGCUUGAUACAUCUUGUAAUGGUGUUGUCUUUAUUCAAAUGCGGAAGAGAGAUGGAGAACCCAGCCCCAUAAAUAUUGUGCAGCACAUGAUGACAUCUCUUGCAUCAACAAGGAAACACAUGUCGAGGUUCAUCUUAAGGAUAUUACCUAUUGAAGUGGCCUGCUAUGCUUCCGAGGAAGAAAUUUCAAGAGCAAUCAAACCUCUUGUUGCAGAAUAUUUUCCAGUGGAGACUCAAAACCCACAAAAGUUUGCAGUAUUAUAUGAAGCCCGUGCAAAUAGUGGUAUUGACCGGAUGAAGAUCAUAAAUGCAGUUGCAAAAUCCAUCCCUGGACCGCAUAAAGUUGAUCUUAAAAAUCCUGAUAAAUCCAUUGUAGUUGAAAUUGUCAAGACUGUGUGCUUGAUUGGGGUCGUUGAAAAGUACAAGGAACUGGCUAAGUACAACAUAAGGCAGCUUACAUCAUCCCAACCAUAGCCAUGUCAACCUUUUUUCAUUUUUUUUGGGUAAUUGGAACUGCUGACAUUUGAUAUGUAGGUUUUCCAUCUUGUAUUGUAGGAUGGAGUAUUUAACAAGUGGGGUGACAGCGAGUUUAAACCACAAAUAAUCUCAUUUGAAGAAUAAUAUGUCAUAAUGAAAAUUUUGCGAAGUUUAGAUGCC